AUGAUAAAUAGUAACAGAGAGAAAGCUAUUAGGAGAAUUACUCUGCUGAAGAAACACUUUGAUCCCUCUGAAGACUUCAAUAGAGAAUUAGACAACUGUACUUUCGAUUUUGAUCUUGCUCUCAGAGUAGUGAAUGAUCUUCGCCCCAAGGUUCAUCACCAGGUGAUAGCUGCAGUAGACUCCAUCAUGAAGCAGAAUCACUUCAAAGAAAAGUCAAGGGAAGCAGCUCGGUUUAAGGCCAAUUACUGGGUCAAGAAGAUCUUGUCCGAACUCUAUGAUAGGGGAGUGCUGACUCCUCAUAAAGUCAUUGAUCAUCCUGACUUACUGAACAGAUGUAUUAUGGGAAUCAGUCCGUUUGGAGGAGAGAUCAGCACUAAAUUUGCUAUCCAAAUUGGACUUUAUCUGAAGAGUAUCAAGAAUAUGGGAACUGAGAUCCACCAAGAUGAACUUCUCAGGGCAGCUACCUUGGAGGAUUAUGGCUGAUUUUGAUUGACAGAGCUUGGACACGGAUCGGAUGUGAGUAAGUUGGAAACAACUGCUCAUUUUGAUCCUAUCUCCAACCAGUUCAUCUUCAACUCGCCUACAGAGACGUCAAGGAAAUUUUGGAUUGGAAAUCUGGCCAGCACAGCUACCAAAGCUGUAGUCUUUGCUCAGUUGAUCAUAAACGGAGUCAGGCAUGGAGUUCAUGGCUUUCUGAUACAAAUCAGAGACCCUGAAAUCCAUGAGCCAUUAUAUGGGCUCACGAUCGGAGAUUGAGGAGACAAGAUCGGAAUGCAAGGAAUUGAUAAUGGAUGGAUUAUGUUCGAUAACUUCAAAGUUGGAAAGAAUUCUCUACUUAAUAAAUAUGCUGAUAUCUCUCCAGAUGGAGUUUAUACUUCAACAAUCACUUCUAAAGCUAAGCUAAUGGCAGUGCAACUUGGAAGCUUGAGUGGCGGAAGAAUCGCUAUCACUCAGGUGAGUAACGACUGUGCUCUUGCAGUUUCAUCAGGAGCUCUGAGAUAUUGGGCCGUCAGGAAGCAAUUUAAAAAUCCUAAAACUAAGAAAGAAACGAGACUUAUAGACUAUAGUAUUAAUCAUUAUAGAUUGAUCACUAGAUUUGCUCGUCACUUUGUACAGCAUGCUGGGAUAGCUAAGAUCACUGAAUUUUGGGAUCAAUUUUUACAAGGUGGAUCUGGCCCAGACAAUAAAAUGACAGGUUUUGCUCAUUUAAUAUCAUCUGUUUCAAAGGCAAUCUACACAUGGAAUACAUUUGACACUUGCAGUGAAGGAAGACAAGCAUGUGGAGGCUUAGGUUUCUCAAGCUAUAACGCGCUUGGCUCAAUUAUCCCAGUUAUGGACUUAAAUAGAACUUGGGAAGGAGACAAUAACGUUCUGAUGCAGCAAGCUGGAAAAUUAAUUUUGCAAAAUCUGGCUUACGUAUUUACAGAAAAGCCUUUGAUGCCAACCUUUGAAUUUUUAACUUCUGAAAUUCCUUUGGUUACUCCAUUUAGAAAAACACUAAAUGACGUCACCAACCUUUUAAAGCUAUUAACAAUAAGAGCUGAAACCUUGAUCCAUCAAACAGGGAUGAAGCUACAGUUUGCUGAUGAUAAGGUAGAAGCUUGGGACAAGCUUCUACCUUUCAACAUUUAUCCAAUGACUUUUGCCUACUUUGAUAGGUUCCUUUUGCAGAACUAUGUUGACUUCUUAGCGAGACUCGAAGAGGACGAGAACACCCAGAAGGUUUUCACCCUCCUGGGUAUUGUCUUUGCUCAGAAGACCAUCACUGAAAACGGUGAGUUCUUCAAAGACUAUCUGACCAACGGUCAGAUGGAAGAACUCAAGGAGACUCUGAUGGAGAAUCUUGCCAAACUCCGUAAGGAAGUAGUAGGCUUGUCCUACUUGCUACCCUUUACUGAUAAAAUGCAAGGAGCCAUCUCCAAAUUUGACAUGAAGCCGUAUAAGAACUUUUUGGAUUUUGUUGAAAAGGCAGAGAGGAAAUCUGAUUAUAAUUUUGAUGAUGACGUUGUGAUUCCUUCGUGUAGUUAA